AUGGAGCAAUUUGUAACGGGCCUCGAAGAGCUUUUAACCAAGCUUGCAUCUGCUCAAGAUUCUGAUACAAUUAGAAAAGCUACUUCGACAUUAAACACUCAAUUUUAUGUUUCAGCAAAUUGUAUCCCUGCUCUUGUCCAGAUCAUCAGUCGCUCUCCCCACCAUCCUGUACGUCAACUUGCAGCAGUCGAAUUGAGAAAGCGUAUCUCAAAGAAAUGGCAAGAGAUCCCUGACGAGGCACAAGUCGAAAUCCGUGCUCAACUAUUGCAGAUGGCCUUGAAUGAACAACAUGAAAUUGUGCGCCAUUCGACUGCUCGUGUCAUUUCAUCUAUUGCACGUAUCGAUGUGCCCGAGAACAAAUGGCCUGAGCUGUUAGGCUUCUUGAAUCAAGCGUGUGCUAGCAACACUGCUAUUCAUCGUGAGGUUGGUACCUAUUGUUUAUACACGCUGUUUGAAGUGAUUGCAGAUUUUUUCAUGGACCACACUGCUCCUCUGUAUGACCUGUUUUCCAAGGCAAUUGUCGAUCCCGAGAGCAAACGUGUCCGAAUUACUACUGUUUUGACUUUGGGUAAACUUGCUGAAUUCAUCGAAACCGACGACAAGGAGAACAUUAAAUCAUUCAGAAACAUGAUUCCUGGUAUGGUCAAUGUCCUGGAGCAAUGUCUCACCGAAGGGGAUGAGGAGAGUGCAGGCGAGAUUUUCGAAGUAUUCGAUACACUCUUGAUGUUGGAUGCUCCUCUGUUGUCCAACCAUUUGGUCGACUUGAUUAGAUUCUUCUUGACCAUUGGAUCCAACCGUGAAUUGGACGAUUCGCUCCGUGUUAUGGCUCUUUCUUUCCUCAUGUGGGCUGCUGUAUAUAAGCAAAACAAGAUUAGAAGUUUGAAGCUAGUUGGAUUCAUUGUUGAGGGUUUAAUGCCUAUCGGUUCAGAGGAAGACCCCGAAGAUGUGGAUGAAGACUCUCCUUCUCGUUUGGCAUUCAAGGUGUUGAACGCCCUUGCCACCAACAUGCCUCCUCAACAAGUGUUCCCUAUUGUCAUGCCUGUUGUCGUUUCCUACAUGCAGAACCCUGACCCUAACUUCCGUAAAGCAGCCAUGAUGUCUUUUGCUGUCAUUAUUGAGGGAUGCGCUGAAUACAUGAGCCCCAAGCUCAGCGAUCUCUUGCCCCUUGUUUGCUCUGGCUUGCAGGAUCCCGAGAUUAUCGUUCGUCGUGCUGCCUGUAUGGCUCUUGGCUGUCUUGCUGAAGAAAUGCCUGUGGAGAUUUCAGAAAGCCAUCAAGUGUUGUUACCUCUUGUCUUCAACUUGAUGAAUGACACUAACCCUGAAGUCACCAAGCACGCCUGUAACGCCCUUGAUGCCAUUUUAGAGAGUUUGGGUGAUGAAGUCUUGCAGUAUUUGCCCAUGUUGAUGGAGAAACUGUUGUUCCUCUUGGACAAUGCUCCUCAAACUGAAACGAAAGCUACUGUCAUGGCUGCUAUUGGUAGUGCUGCACACGCUGCUGGCGAGGGCUUUGAGCCCUACUUUGGUGGUGUCAUGCCCCGUAUUCGCCAUUUGAUGACUUUGACUGAGGGUUCUGAUGAGGCCCUGCUGCGCGGUGUUGCUACUGAUUCUGCUGGUGCCAUUGCUGAAGCUGUUGGUGCUGACAAGUUUAGACCUUUUACUCAAGACUUGAUGGCUUUAGCUAUCGAGCAAUUGACAUUGGACUCACCUCGUCUUCGUGAAUGCUCUUAUGCCUUUUUCUCUAUCAUGGCUCGUGUAUUUGGAGAGGAAUUUGCCCCAUAUCUUCCUACUGUGAUGCCUCCUAUCAUUGCUUCUUGCAAGGCCGAGGAAAAGGACGAGGCUAACUUUGGAAGCGAAAUCGAUCUUACUUUGGACGAAGGUGACGAGGAGGACGAUGACAGUGCCUUCAACUUCAACUCUGCUAUUGCUGAUGAGAAGGAGUUCGCUGCUGAUGCUCUUGGAGAGCUCUUUGAAAGCACCCAAACCCACUUCUUGCCCUAUGUCGAAUCUGCCGUGCAAGAACUGACUGAACUCUCUUUCCAUCUGUUCGAUGGUGUCCGUAAGGCGGUUGUUGGCAGUCUGUUUAGCUUCCUCAAGACAUUCUAUCUCAUGUCUGGAUCCGAAGAAUGGAAGGCUGGCUUGCCUCUGACUUACCCUGUGCACGAGAACGUUCAAAACAUGACUACUAUCAUCAUUCCUACUGUCUUGGCCAUGUGGAAGGAUGAGGACGACAAAAUGGUGGUUGUGCAAAUCUGCCAGGAGCUGAUCCAAUCUCUCAAGCUGAUGGGUCCCAGUAUCGUUGCUGACCAUGUUGAGGAGAUCUCUCGCAAUAUUCUCGACAUCUUUGAAAAGAGAUCCAUAUGCCAGCAAAGCUACGACGAGGAGGACUUUGUCGAUGAGGAAGAAGAAGCCGAGUCAGAGUCCCUUUUGAUCAAUGCUGCCGGCGAUCUUGUUGCCACCAUCUGUGAAACAGUAGGCGAAUCUUACUCUUCCUACUUUGAUGUCUUCAUGCCCUUGAUUGCCAAGUAUUACAAAAAGUCUAAGUCUUCUGCUGAGCGAUCUAUGGCUAUUGGCUGUCUUGGUGAAUGCAUCACUGGCAUCAAGUCUGCUGUCACUCCUCAUACUGAGCGUCUGCUUCAGCUCUUUGUCAAGGCUUGUGCCGACGAAGACCAAUCUGUCAGAAGCAAUGCUGCCUAUGCUUUAGGUAUCCUCACUGGUAACUCACAAAUCGAUCUUGGCUCUCAAUACCCUGUCAUCUUGACUGCAUUGCACCCUCUUUUCCAAAACCAGCCUGUACCUAAUAUCACUGAUAAUGCCACUGGCGCUGUUGCUAGAUUGAUUCUUGCUCGUCCAGACGCUGUCCCUCUUGACCAAGUGUUGCCCGUCUUCACCAGCGUACUUCCUCUCAAGGCUGAUUUCGCUGAGAAUGAGCCCGUCUUUAACUGCUUGUUCUCUCUUUUCCGUGCUAAUAAUACCUUUAUUCAAAGUCAAAUUCCCAGUCUUCUCCCCGUCUUCCACCAUGUGUUGAGCAACGAAGACCAAUUGAAUGAGUCAACUCGCAAUGAACUUGUAGAAUUAUUACGUGCCUUGAACACUCAAUCACCUGCACUCGGUAUUUCCAACAGUGAUUUAGCUCGUUUCCUGUAG